AUGGCAGAAUUCGUACGAGCUCAAAUCUUUGGAACCACCUUCGAAAUAACCAGCAGAUACACGGAUUUGCAACCAGUGGGCAUGGGCGCCUUUGGGCUGGUUUGCUCUGCUAAAGAUCAAUUGACGGCUCAAUCCGUGGCCGUCAAGAAGAUCAUGAAGCCCUUCUCAACCCCCGUCCUUGCGAAACGUACCUAUCGAGAACUCAAGCUGUUGAAGCACCUUCGACACGAGAAUGUCAUCUCGCUCAGCGACAUCUUCAUCUCGCCUCUUGAGGACAUUUAUUUCGUUACCGAGUUGCUCGGUACCGACCUCCAUCGCUUGUUGACUUCCAGACCGCUUGAAAAGCAAUUCAUCCAAUAUUUUCUUUACCAAAUCCUGCGCGGUCUGAAAUAUGUCCACUCAGCAGGUGUCGUCCACCGAGACCUGAAGCCCAGUAACAUUCUAGUCAACGAGAAUUGCGAUUUGAAAAUCUGCGACUUCGGCCUCGCUAGAAUCCAAGAUCCUCAGAUGACGGGCUACGUAUCGACUCGAUACUACCGGGCCCCUGAAAUUAUGCUGACUUGGCAAAAAUACGAUAUUGAAGUAGAUAUCUGGAGUGCUGGCUGCAUCUUUGCGGAAAUGCUCGAGGGUAAACCGUUGUUCCCUGGAAAGGAUCAUGUCAAUCAAUUCUCCAUCAUCACCGAACUCCUCGGAACACCCCCACAAGAUGUCAUUGAGACCAUCUGCAGCGAAAACACUCUCAGAUUCGUCCAGUCUUUACCCAAGAGAGAAAGACAACCACUGAGCGCCAAGUUCAAGAAUGCCGACCCGCAAGCCAUUGAUCUCUUGGAAAAGAUGUUGGUAUUUGAUCCUCGGAAACGAGUAUCCGCGAUCCAAGGAUUGGAACACGAGUAUCUAUCGCCCUACCACGACCCCACCGAUGAGCCUGUGGCCGACGAGAAGUUCGACUGGUCUUUCAACGACGCCGAUCUUCCCGUCGAUACCUGGAAAAUCAUGAUGUACUCGGAGAUUCUUGACUACCACAACAUCGAUAAUCAGGAGGGUGAGAUGGGUAAAGGACUAUCAGUUGAGCAGGCCCAGGCCGUCAACGGACAGACCGUCCAGUGA